CUUAAAAUUUAUUCCAUAGCCGGAGUUGUCCCUGCUGUUACAUCGGUAAAAAAAAAAAACCGUACGAACAACCGUCUUCUUUUAUAAAAUGGUGCCAGUUCUUCGUCAAAUUGCAACUGAUAUUGAAGCGAAUUAACAUUUUAGCAAAGAUGAAGGGUACAUUGAUCCAAAUUUACGUGUCUUUCUUCCAUCAUUUCUUUUUGUCCUUUAGUGUCUUAACAAGGAGAAAGAUGUAAAUAUGAACCGACUGGCGUAGAGCCAAACAACACAAGGAAACCUCAUCCUUUUAUCUCAAUAUCCUGAAAACAGAACGAGUGGCUGCCUUCUUCCUUGAGAGAAAAGAAAGAAGACAAUGGUGUAAGGGUGUGCAAUGGGUUCAAUAGCACAAAGUGUUUUAAUGGCACUGACUGUAACAGUCAACCAGUUUGCUUCUUCAAACGUGCAUGCAGUUCAUAGGAAACAAGGCAAAUCGCCAUCCCCCACUUCUAAACCAAAACCAACCAAUACAAAAACAAUUACAGCCGCCGCAGCAAACGCUGGUGACACCGGAAUUGCAAGGAGAGGUCUCAUUUUAUCCGCCGUGGCUUCCGCUCCUCAACUCAAUGAUUCCAGAACCGAGCUUCUCAAAAAGUACUUGAAGAAAACAGAGGAAAACAAAGCCAAGAAUGACAAAGAGAGAAUGGAGAAUUAUUACAGGCGAAACUACAAGGAUUACUUUGAAUUCGUUGAAGGGACAUUGAAAGGGAAGGACGAGCAGCAGCUAAGUGAAGCAGAAAAGGGUAUUCUCGAUUGGCUUAAAGCCAACAAAUAAGAGAUUCAGUCCAUCAAUCUUUGGACACGUACAGGUUCCAGUUGUUAGAUAUUUGUAACUCUUAAGUAUAAUCAUGCUGUUUUUGCUGCAAAUUGUAGUUUUUGACAUUCAAUAGAUUUCUAUUUGGUUAUUUAAUUUAAUUUUGAAAUAAAUGUAAGAAAAAAUACAUCACACUCAAUUGGUAGGACUCAAUUUAUAAAAAAAAAAAAAAGCCAUAAAUUAGUAAUUAAA